CAAGUGGCGUGACCUUGCUUUUUCCGUGUCGUUUUGGUCGUUUCCUCUAACUAACCAUCCAGCAGCGGUAGCCCUCUCCAUUUCCGUUCCCAUCCCCCCCUGCGACAAUUUAUCACCAACAGUAUAACAUCAGCCUCCCAAAUAUAUAAACUUCAACUCUUUCCCCAAUCUUCUCCCUUUUGAAUUAUCAUCUCAUCUCAUCCACACUUUUAAUUUAUCUUUCAAGAGUAUUGUGUGUCGUGUAUCGAUCACUUCCCAAUUCAUCAUUAUAUUCUCUUCAACACACAGUCGUCAAUCAAAUUCGACUCAUAUCCCCUCAUACCCCGCCAUACACCAGCUUCACUUCAUCCUCUUACCACCUUCGCAAACACAACUAUAUCUGAAUCACUUGCAUUUAACCUCACUUGCAUUUAACCUCCCACCCAGACAUUCCUCAAAUUCUUAAUCAUCAUCUAUCAUCAUGGGUUUGAAAGCAGUUCAUUUCGGCGCCGGUAAUAUCGGUAGAGGUUUCGUUGCUGAAUUUGUGAGUUCACCUCCAUUUCCACCUUUCCGUUUCAUCAUUUCCAUGCACCAUACUCCAUUGGUCCUCCUUACAUAUUUUAAACUUCAGUAUCCCAUCUGCCGUAAAACCGCAACUCUUGCUAACCAUACCACUAUUAGCUUCACAAAUCCGGCUAUGAAGUCGUCUUCUGUGAUGUCAUGGACAGCGUUAUCCAGAAAUUGCAAACCACCCCUUCAUACAAAGUUAUUGAAGUUGGAGCAGAGGGGACAAGCGAAGACACCAUUACCAAUUAUCGCGCCAUAAAUUCGAAAACACACGAAGCCGAUGUUAUUGAGGAGAUUCGUACAGCGGAUGUAGUAACUUGCUCCGUUGGUCCGAAUAUUCUCAAGUUCAUUGCACCAGUUAUCGCCAAGGGUAUCGAUGGUCGCUCCAAUGAUGCAACCCCAAUCGCGGUCAUUGCUUGCGAGAACGCAAUAGGUGCAACGGAUACUCUCGCCAAGCACAUCAAAGACGACCAUACCCCUCAGGAUCGUUUAGAUGAUCACCACAAACGCGCACGAUAUGCUAACUCUGCCAUCGAUCGUAUCGUUCCCGCCCAAGAUCCUGAUGCAGGUCUCGAUGUCAAGCUCGAGAAAUUUUACGAAUGGGUUGUUGAUCGCACACCUUUCAGUGACCACGAACCGCCCGCCAUCCAAGGUAUCAAGUGGGUAGAUGACUUAAUACCUUACAUUGAGCGCAAACUCUUUACCGUCAACACUGGACACGCAGCUGCUGCAUACCACGGGUACUACCACCAGAAGGCCACAGUCUAUGACGCUCUACAAGAUCCUAAUAUUCUCAAGGAGGUUCAUGCGGCGCUGAAGGAGACGAGUAGAUUGAUCGUUGACAAGCACGGUAUCGAUGUCCAAGAGCAAAAAGACUAUGUCGACAAGAUCAUCACCAGAAUAGGAAACCCACAUCUGGAAGAUGCCGUAGAAAGAGUUGGUCGUGCACCUCUGCGCAAACUGAGCAGAAAAGAACGGUUCAUUGCACCGGCAGCUGAACUUGCAGAGGAAGGAAAGGAAUUUACUGCACUACUAGAUGCUGCUGAGAUGACCUUCCGUUUCCAAAACGUUGAAGGUGAUGAGGAAUCCCAGGAGUUGGCUAAGAUCAUGUCUGAAAACUCUGCCGAACAAGUUGUGGAGAAGGUCUGCGGGUUACAGUCCGAUCACCCCUUGUUCCCUCACGUGGUAACGGUUGUGAAGAAGGUCCAGGCCGAUGAGUAGAGUGGUGGGGUUUUCUUUUUUUUUCUCACGGUUUCUAGCAUGGCGAAUGGAGAUGACAUGGAUGGAUUGGAUACUGAGCGUUACUCCCGGCGUGUUAUGGAUACGCAGUUCGCUUUUGAUGAUAAGGGUUGGUAUAAUAGUUAUCUAUAGAUGAUAGCUGAAUGAAUUGAAUGAUUGAAUGAAAUAGUAAAUAUAAUGGGUGUUUACCACUUGGUUGUGCCUCUAGCUUGGAUGUUGUCGGCAAAUGAACUUGAAGGGGAGCCUUUACCAUGAAGUAAAUGAGUAUGAAAUAUUUGAAACCAUUGUUGACUCUGUAUUUUGAUCUAGAUAGAUAAGCCACUAACGUGAGGACAAACUGUAUGUUCCUUGAAUUUCUAAAUGGGUGAAGUUGAACUUGAGUAGAGACUUCAGAGAUGGGAUGUGAGGGUGACCAUCUAAGAAUUCGAACAUGGCUUGCAAUUGUACCAUGCUAAUAUAUUCAUUCCAAUAAUGGCGAGCUGGCAAGGACAGCUGGCCAGCCUACAUAGGACUUCACAUCGAAUAAUAAAUGUAGUUUUUCGUCUUCUCACUUUUUUUUUUUUUUUAGCUGAUAUGGACAAAUUAAAUACCUACCAACGAAAGAUAUUGAGUACUGAUUUGUGCUCGCAUUAUCUUCCACACCUGUGAUUCCUUAUUCUCGGUAGGUAUUAAAUAUUCCUGGAGAUAAUGAAUUAAGGUUAUUGCACUAAGCCGAAUUAGCAUUAGUCAGUAUCAUUCCAAGCUGCCACAUCUCGAACUCCAGAGGAACAUUGUGAAAUAUAUCCUGACACCUUCAAAAUUCCAUUUAUUUCUUCGCCAACUCAGCUUUUUCCCUAAUUCUUGAUUUUACGA